CAACAGCCUCCUCCUCCUCCUUCCUCGUCCCCUUCCCCGCCGCGCCCCGCCGCCAGUUUGUCUCAGUUCUUCUCGGCCCGCGCCUUCGUCUGUUCUCCGCUCUAGAGCCGCGUUCCGUGAGUCCAGCCAGUUCGGACCGAGAGGACCUAGAGUGCAGUUCAUUUCUGCCCCAGCGACUAGGUUCAGGACUAGUUUCAUUCCCGAGGAUGCAACGAGCCUACGGCCAGGACAGCGUUUCGGGCACACACAGGUUCACAAGAUGCGGCGUGGAGGGCGCCACACCGUCGCUCCUAGACAGCUUUUUGGCAACUCGUCGCGCUUCCAGAACGGCGAGAUGGGCGGCCCCUGUGACCGCGAUGACAGGCCCUGGGCCAACAACAACAACAACAUGUACUGGACGCCGCAGCCGGUGCCGGCUCCGCAGCCCCAGCAGCCUCGCGCCUACAACGGCUACCGCCCUCCCAACAACAACUACCAGAACAACAACAACAACAAUUACUACAGCACCCCUGUGACGUGGCACCACUACCAAGGCGGUCGCCAGCAGGCAGACUGCACGCCGCCAACGCCGCCGCAGCAGCAGGGCUGGCAAGGCUGGCAGCAGGGACCGCAGCAGGGCUGGUCGUCACAGCCAGCACCCUCAGCACACCCGCCGUCACAGCAUUUCACUCCAAAUUGGCCGCCACAGCAACAACAACAACAGUCCCAGGAACAACAUCAACAACACUAUCAACCUGCACCAUCAACCAAGUAUCAACCUAACCAGCAACCCCAGCAAUAUUCUUGGCCGCCAAAUGGCAACGGGUACCAGGGCGAGUACGUCGCCUACCCCAACCCCUCCAGGGACCCGCGCCAGUUCGCGCCUAGCAGGCGGCAGCAGCAGCAGCAAGAAUGGUCCCAGCGGCAUGUGACUCCCGUGCAGGUAGACCUCCAGGAUAAUGAUCCCAGCCAGGAGUACCGGGACCCGUCUUUCCCACAGCAAGAGCAGCACUGGCACCAAGAAGCGCCGCGGCAGGAGCCCCGCCGGCAGUCUUUCCCUUCUUCUAGUGGACCCGCCGUAGCGUCAGUACGGCCGUGGCAGGUGGAAGCGCCAGUUACUACUCCUUUAGCCACGGAGCGCUGCAGGCCUGAAGCUUCACAAAAUGCCAUGACGGCACAGCAGCUGAGAAACUUGAGUGCCAAUGCAAUAGCGAGGUACAGGACCAGCUCGCCCCCACGUGGCAGUGCCACGACUCCGAAGCGGUCCAGGUGGGACCAAAAGCCGCCUUCUACCCCUAAGCUACAGCAGGCGGAUGUGGCCACCGCCAGACCUAGUUCGCGGACGGAAGCCGCCCCGUCCAGGCCAAGCUCGCGGACGGAGGCUGCGCCGUCCAGUCUACAGCAAGCGCAUGUUGCCACCGCCAAACCAAGCUCGCGGACGGAAGCUGCGCCGUCCAGUCUACAGCAAGCGCAUGUUGCCACCGCCAGACCUAGUUCGCGGACGGAAGCUGCGCCGUCCAGUCUACAGCAAGCGCAUGUUGCCACCGCCAGACCUAGUUCGCGGACGGAAGCCGCCCCGUCCAGGCCAAGCUCGCGGACGGAGGCUGCGCCGUCCAGUCUACAGCAAGCGCAUGUUGCCACCGCCAAACCAAGCUCGCGGACGGAAGAUGCCAGAUCCGGUUUCCGGUCGGAUGUUGCCUCGAGACCUCGGCAGUCGGAUGUCGCCACCCCGAAAGCUGGUUCGCGGCCGGAUCCGCGUACAGAGUUUUUGAGAGCCAGUUCGCGGUCCGAUGCUGCCAGGAGCGAUCCUCGGAUGGAUGCGACGAGCUCGGCGAGCUCCAGAAGUCACGUGGAGGCUCCUCCAGGAAGACCCAAGCACCAGACACCCAAGCCCACCUCUUCGAAGCCCCCUCGGUUGGAUUCUCACAUCCCUCAGCUUCCGCCGAGCACUCCACCAAGCACUGCGAAGCGCCCGCGGUCGGAUGCUGAGGUUCCCCAGCCUGCGCCAAGCACUCCACCAAGCACUUCGAAGCGCCCGCGGUCGGAUGCUGAGGUUCCCCAGCCUGCGCCAAGCACUCCACCAAGCACUUCGAAGCGCCCGCGGUCGGAUGCUGAGGCUCCCCAGCCUGCGCCAAGCACUCCAUCAAGCACUUCGAAGCGUCCUCGGUCGGAAGCUGAGAUUCCUCAGCCUCCACCUGGUAGCAGUACUUCGAGGCCCCCCACGUCCGAUGCUGUUCUUCCCCAGCCUCCACAAGGCGCUUCCGUGCGGACCCCUCAGAUGGAAGCUGCAAUUCCCCAGUCAAGCUCUGCUUCGAGGUCAAAGCCUGGUCAGUCAGAAGCAGCCUCCACUCCCAGGCGGCGGCAAUCGGACGCGGACUCCGCUAUCCAAGACUCCGAUCGUGCCCAUGUCAAGUCCAAGCGGUCAUCCAUUGAAGCAAGUACAUCAAAGGCGUCGAAUUCAUCAUCUGGUGAUGUAGUGAAGGACACGGCUGAUCGAAGUGACAGCAGCGAGAAGCAUGCAUCUAAAAGUUCCAGGAGUAAAUCGAAGAAGUCCAGAUCAUCCUCCCAUUCAUCAACAUCCAAGCACCGCACGAAGACACCAGAAAGGUCAGCCCCUGCUCAUGAAGAAUCUGCCAAGAAAAAAUCUUCGAAGGCUUCGUCAAGUACAAGAGACAGCAAAACUAGGUCCUCGUCCUCAUCCAAGAUAUCAUCUUCAACUGAUAAACAGCCCAAAGAAGAUUUAGGGAAGUCCAGCAAUGGAAACUCCGCUUUAAAUCCUCCUAAAUUUAAUGCCAACUUCAGAAUACCCAAAACUUCAAAAUUGCCUAAUCCUCUGUUAGAUGCCCAAGAAACUCCCAAGAGCACUAAAAAGUCACCCACCACCUGGUUGCAGCAAGGCUCCACACCAAAGCCUGCAGCCCCUGGCUCCAAAAUCCAUAUCACCCCGAGCUGCAGUGCUUCUGAGGAGAGUCCCCAAGACCCCGAAAACAGAAGGCCGAAAAGUUCAGGCUCUGACUAUGAGCUUAUGAAUGUUUUAAGUGGGGAAACUGCUGUUGAUUUGGCAGCAGAAGUUAGGGCUGCAAGACGUCAAAAGCGUACUUGCACCAGUUGUGCUCCGGAGAAGACAAAAACAAAAAAACUCAAGGAAACAGAGUUAGUGAAGAAACAAUCUACCACCAAGACCAAGACUCGUCCUGAUUCUGAAGAGAAUGCUAGGUCAAGACUAACACCGAAGCGCCGUAGCAGGAAGGGAAGUGAUGAAAGUGACUGGACUCCCCCGAAACGGUCUAGAUCUGCAAGAAGUAGAUGCUCCAAUCUAUCGUCGGAACCACCAUCUCCUCCACGUUCUGGUAUUGCGAGCAGGACCAGAAGCAGAACAAGGUCGCCAUCUGCAAAGAGAACUAAUGUCUUGGGAUUUUCUAAUCCAUAUGACUCGAGUGAUAGUGAUGACGAUGAUAGAGUUGUCGGAAGCACUUGGACCAAUGAGAGCAUGGCCCAUUGGGCAACAGGUGAUGAUACUUCGGAAGCUGAAAAGAGCCCACCAUCGGCUGUGGAGGAAAUGUUCAAAAGACUCCAACGGGACAACCAAAAGAAGAAGGAGAUUGUCUACGCUCAGCCGGCUAAUUACACGACCUUAUCAACCUGCUUAACUGCUCAAGAAUCAUUACUGGCCUCACCCCCGAUGCCGUUUUUAUUGCCACAAGAUGAGAUAAGCCCUGCUAACAGGCAAGAAAUGCCCCAUUUGACCAGGACACCCUCUUCUGGACCUUCAAUUGGCGACCCAACAUCAUCACCUCCCUCUGUUCCUUCUCAGCAUGAAAGACAAGUUACGACACCACCACCACUUGGGAGAGAAGUUUCGCCUGCAAUCCCAAUGCUACCUCAAGAGAAAGAGUGCCAGCACCGACCAGCUUCAGAUCCCAAGCUAAGUGGGGAUACAGUAGUUGCUGCUACUGCUGAACAAACUGUUAAUGAAGUCGCAAAGAAAGAAGAUAAGGAGCAUGCAGGCAAUGUCGAGGAAAUUGUUUUGGAGGAUAUUUCUGAAGAUCCCGGAGAUGUUGAGGUUGUUGGGGGAGUGGGUUGUCCACUAUCACCACCAAUCGCCGAAUUCAUUGAUCUAGAAGAUCAACCACCAAUUGAUGUUCAUCUCCCAAUUCAGGAGCUGUGGAACAAAUUACAGCCAUCUAUCAGGAAUACAAUUGAGACACUAGAAGACACUUUAAAAUUAGCCAACAGCUCAAUUGUUACAUUCGUUGAACAGUUCAAUGAAGCUGAAAAAAUGAAAACUAGGAGCUUACGGGAAGAGCAAUUCCAGAGUCUCCGGGAUGACUUUAGGUCCAAAUUUUCUUUGUCCUAUCAAAGAACAGAAAAUGCAUUUUUGCAUCUGCUUUCUCAUUUCAAGGAGAAGGAUUUGUACUGUGUUUUGCGUAAGAGACUUUGUACCACAACUGACUUGAGUGAUCCUCAAAGUUCCAUAGAAGACAUGAAGACCCUAUUUCAGACCGUGACCAGCUCGUCUAAAUUAGAGCUUACCAGGAAUUGCAGUUGCAAUGUGAGCCUUGCAGCAAAACUUUUCAACAUGCACCGGACAAAACGAGAAUAUCAAAUGGAUUUGAAUAGUCCCAUGAAGACUGCUGGAUCACGAGUUCAAGGUGUGGAGCCAUUACCCCAUGGAAAUCAAGCAGGAGGAAGUGGAGCAACUUCAACUGAAUCAACUUUUAACAAAAGGCUUCGUACACCAUCCAGGGACAGUGGAUACACUUCCCCCCACCGGGUUCUUCAACCCUCAAAUGAGGAUCCAGUGGGGUCUGAUGAUGAUUUGGGCCACGUCGAAAUUCCAACUUGCAUUCAGUGCAUCAAAACUGCAACCUUAAGAUGCCCUGCGUGUCCUGAUAUUUAUUAUUGUAGUACAAAUUGCCAGAAAAUGCACUGGGUCAGUCACAUCAAUACGUGUGGCUAUAGGAAUUUGUCUAGUCCCCAAACCUGAAAGUACAAAGCUAGCUUCUCUCUUACAAGUGUAUAUGUUUAGUUUUUUUUUUGUGUUUUGUUUUAAGGUUAAUGAUAGUAUGUAAACCAUUACAUAUGUUUUUAUGUAUGUGCCUUAUAGUUUGUACUAUAGCUCAUAACUAUUAUUUGUUACUUUAUGUUGUCAGUAAGUGCAGAUUUGUUUUGCAUGAUAAGUUACACUGAGUUUUGUUUUAAAAUUUCCUUAAUUAAUUGUAUGUAUCUCAAACAAUGUACCUGUUCAACCAAAUUUCAGUACUCCUGUAAUUUUCAACAGCAUGUGUAUCUAUGUUUAUUGAUUUUUUAAAAUGUGUGAUCUCAUGGUAAUUGUAAGUUUAUAGUCUUUGUUGUCAACACAUUCAUAACUUUUACUUAGUUAUCUUUUCCAAGACUGUUAAAUAUAUACUAUUACUUACUGUACAUAUAAAUUGAAUCUUUUAGACAACAAGGUAACAUUGGUUUUCAUCAAGUUUCCAGGCAUUAUUCUACUUCUAAUUAACAUCAACAAAUGAUAUACAUAAAGAAAAAAGAAGAUCUGAAGUUAGAAAAUUAAAUCUUAGCCUGCUGAUUCA